AUGGGCGCAGGCGCGCUUGGCGGAUCUGUGGCGGAAGCUUCGGCGGAAGAUGGUUCGAGCGGAGGCCGGUCGGCGGAGGAUGAGCGCCCGCUGAUUGCGCCAUCUGAGCGCAAAGGAGGCGCAUGGGCGGAAGGGGAAGCGCAGAGGACUAGCGCGCGCAUGGAAAAUGGAUGGGAUGAUUCCUUGCGCAAGGGGGGAAGCCAGGAGGAGUUGCGUCACGAGGAGGGCGCAGCCGCGGGGGAGGUGCGCGGAGACGGGGACCGCGAGGGAGCGGAGAGAUUGCGCGGAGGCGGAGCUCUCAAUAGCGCGGACGCCAAUGGAUGCGCGGAAGCUGGCCGUCCGGGAUCAGCUGGCGGAGGUGGCGGGGAGGUCGGGGGGGGAAAUGCGGCGGAAUUAGGCGGCGGGGAUGCGGGGAGAGGGGGAGGCGAGGCGGAAGAGCUGAUCCGGGCGGAAAACGACAAAGCGGAAGAGGAACGCGGAGAAGGGUACGAUAGGAGCGGAAACGGAAUAUGGGUAGACGAGGAGAAAGCACUCCGGGACGAGAAGGCGGCGGAAUCCGCGGGGGAUCCUUCCGCGGAUGGGGGCGCGAAGGGGAACGCGAGCGGGGACGAGAGCGAGUCGUCGCGGCGCACGGCGGACGGGGAGCGGUCGUUCGUGUGGCUGCUGAACGUGCCGCUAGAGGCGGAAGAUGACGUGGAGGAGGACGUGGAAAUCCUACGGCCACCAGACAGCGAGGGCGAGGCGGAGAAACUCGCGCAUCAGUUCAAGCAGGAAGUAGAUCUCCUCGCGCGCUUAGACCACCCGAACGUGGUGCGCUUCAUCGGCGCGUGCCAGCGCCCGCCCACGUGGUGCAUUUUGACGGAGUAUCUGGGCGGGGGGAGUCUGCGCGGGUUCCUGCAGAAGCGCGAGGGGCAGCUGCUUCCGCUGCAAGAGGUGGUGCGCCUGGCGCUGGAUAUCGCGCGCGGCAUGGCCUACCUGCACGCGGAGGUUAGUGGCAAGGGAGGGGGAAGGAGCGGGAGAAAAGGGGGAAAAGCGGAUUUUGGAGAAGCAGGGUUGGCGCGCGUGUGUGGGCGAACGAAGGGAGCUCCCAUCACCCUCGCCCCCACCCACCCCGGCAACUUCAAAACAACCUCAACCUCCACCCACUCACGCUCUCCGCACCCCACUCCCCUCCUCUCUCCCUCUCCCCUUCCCAACCCCCCCAUCCAGGGCGUGGUGCACCGGGACUUAAAGCCCGACAACCUGGUCCUGACCACAGACACCAUCGUGAAGAUCACCGACUUCGGUGUGGCGCGUCUCGAGGCCGACACGUCGCUCAUGACCGCAGAAACUGGCACGUAUCGGUGGAUGGCGCCCGAGGUGGUGGACCACCGCCCGUACACCAAGAACGUGGACGUUUACAGCUUCGGGAUUGUGCUGUGGGAGCUUUGCACCGUGCAGCUGCCGUUUGCGGGCAUGACGGCCAUGCAGGCUGCGUUCGCCGUGGUUAAUCGGGGCACGAGGCCAGACAUCCCCCCAAGCAUCCCGCUCCCACUAGCCGAGCUCAUGCAAGUGUGCUGGCACAGCAACCCGGACCGGCGCCCGCCCUUCACGUACGUGGUGCAGCAGCUGGAGGCCAUGCAGGAUGCUCUCUCCCGCGACCCCAACGCGCUGCCCGGCCAGGCCUCCUCGCACCACCGCGCAUCCGGCUCUUCUUCCGCCUCUGCUGGCGCCUCCCGCUCGCCGCGCUCCUCCUCCUCCUCCUCCUCGCUCUUCUGCUGCUGCUAG